ACGCCCUAAGAACCAUCAACGAUUACGCCAAUGUCAUUGGGCUCCCUACCAUUUGCCGCCACUGCAUUCAACUCUCCGCAACUGGCUUCGUGACUGGCGUUUGUCAAAUCGGCGUUUCACGUACUAUUUACAUUCAUUUAUCAAUUAUUAACAAAAACAAAGCAAGAUGUUUCUAACACGUUCAGAGUAUGAUCGUGGAGUGAAUACCUUCUCGCCGGAGGGAAGAUUAUUUCAAGUAGAAUACGCCAUAGAAGCCAUAAAACUUGGCUCUACUGCCAUUGGAAUCGCAACAACAGAAGGAGUCGUUCUAGCAGUGGAAAAACGCAUCACUUCUUCUUUAAUGGAACCAACAACUGUAGAAAAAAUUGUAGAAAUUGAUAAACAUAUAGGUUGCGCCGCAUCUGGUCUAAUGGCCGAUUCGCGAACAAUGAUCGAUAGAGCUCGAGUCGAAUGCCAGAAUCAUUGGUUUGUCUACAAUGAAAGAAUGACGGUAGAAUCGACUGCUCAAGCGGUAUCUAAUUUAGCUAUACAGUUUGGAGACAGCGAUGACGAUGGUACUGCCAUGUCUAGACCAUUUGGUGUGGCAAUGUUAUUUGCUGGCAUUGAUGAGAAAGGUCCACAAUUGUAUCAUAUGGAUCCAUCUGGGACUUUUGUUCAGUUUGAUGCAAAAGCCAUAGGAUCUGGUAGUGAAGGAGCUCAACAAAAUCUUCAAGAAGUGUAUCAUAAGUCUAUGACGCUUAAGGAAGCAUUGAAAGCAGCACUGACAAUAUUAAAGCAAGUAAUGGAAGAAAAACUGAAUGAUACCAAUAUCGAAGUAAUGACAAUGACACCUGGACAAUUGUUUCAUAUGUUUACUAAAGCAGAAUUACAAGAGGUGAUUAAAGAUAUCGCUUAAAAUAUAUACAAAGUAUUAUAAACAAUUCUCAUUAUACCAGAUCAUGGAAAGUA